AUAUAAAGGACGAGGCGGGCAAUCUGACGCUGACUCUGGUUAAUGCAGAGAUAAAAUGAGUCGUUUUGGUUCGUCGUUAUUUACCAGGAUUAUUUAUUACUUUUUAUUGCCGUUUGGUGAUUCACAUCUGGUUCCUGAAAGACGCUACAGUAAAAAGUGUUCUUCAAUCGGCUGAUCGGUAAUAUUAAUCGAGUGAUAUUUAAUAAUCUGCGACGUGUCAAUCCCGAGAGAGGGAGACAGGGAAAUGCCGAAAUCCAAGAAGCGGAACAACAAGGGAGGCGGAGGUAGACAGCACCAAGCAGUGCAGCCUUUCAGUGAUGAGGAUGCAUCCAUUGAAACAAUGAGCCGCUGCAGCAGCUUUAGUGAUUCAACCAGCUUGGCUGAUGAAGUGGUUGACGAUGUUGAUGAAGAAGCAAGCCAAGAGGAUUAUGAAUAUAAACUGAGAGGACUUAUUGACAGCACUCUUGAUAAAAGUGCAAAGGUCAGAUUGUCUGCUCUAGAGGGACUAAAGUCUGCCUUCUCUUCUAAAAUCCUUUAUGAUUUUAUCCUGGAAAGAAGGGUGACCUUAACAGACAGCAUUGAACGCUGUCUGAAAAAAGGAAAAAGUGAAGAACAAUGUAUUGCUGCCCACGUUGCUUCUCUUCUUUGCAUUCAGCUGGGAUCUAGCAUUGAAAGUGAAGAGGUCUUCAAAAGUUUGAGGCCCAUUUUCAAGACCAUCCUUUUUGAUGAAUCAGUCAGUGUACAGACACGGAGAGCUUGUGCUACCAGUUUGGCUGUUUGCUGCUAUGUUGCAGCUGAUGAUAUUGAGGAUCUGCAUUUGACAAUGACCUACCUUGAGACUGUCUUCACUACAUCUUAUCAAAAGGAGGAUCAGACAGAUUGUUUUCACAGCACCCAAACUACAACUCUGGGCAUCAGCACUUUGGUAGCAUGGACAUUGCUGCUAACCAUUUGUCCACCCUCAUUAAUGAAGAAAAUAUUUCAAACCCAUUUGACCAAACUUCCCAGCCUCCUUUCUUGUGGUGAUGUGAACAUGAGAAUUGCAGCUGGAGAGACAAUGGCACUUCUAUUUGAGUUGGCCAGAGAUAUGUGUGAUGAUUUUGAAUAUGAGGAUAUGGAACUUCUCUGUGGAAAGCUGAAGAGUCUGGCUACAGAUGGUAACAAAUAUCGAGCUAAAACAGACCGGAAGAAACAACGCUCUGUAUUUAGAGAUGUCCUGAAGACUGUAGAGGAGGGAGACUUUGACCCUGAAACUAUUACAUUUGGCCCUGAAUGCAUGUAUAUUGAUAGCUGGGUUAAAAAGCGUACCUAUGAAACCUUCAAGGAAUUGCUUGCAUCUGGUGUAAGGUUCCAUCUACAGGCUAAUGAAUUUGUGCGCAGUGUCUUUGAGCUAGGACCACCACUGUUGCUUGAUGCUGCUACACUCAAAGCAGCCAAAACUUCUCGCAUUGAACGGCACUUUUACAAUGCUGCUGUUUGCAAAGCCAGAACAAAGGCCAGGAACAAAUUCCGUGACAAGAGAUUGGACAUUGGAGAAUACGUUUAAAUUCUUGACAGAAUUUUGUGGGAGGUUUCCUCUGGACUAUGUGCAACUAUUGUACUUAAUCUUUUGUUAGAUGUAGCAAAUUGAGGAAAGCUUUUUUUUUCCCCCCCCCCCCUCUUUUUUUCUCCCCCCGCCUUUCUCUUUUUUUUCUCAUUGUCUUCAGCCCCACUUGUAACUGGGUUGCAAGUGUUUACUUGGUCAUGCUUAAGUUUCCAAUCAUCAUUUCUAAAUAUCAACUAACCACCUGAACCUAGAUAUAAUGGAUUCCUCUAUUUAUUUUGUAACUGAUUUUUGCACAGAUGAGAAUGAUGCUACUUAAUUUGUACAUGACUUUAAUUGGUAUAAGCAAACUUUUGUAACUCUAGCUUGAUUUAGUCAGUACCAUAAAAUGCUAUAAUGUUCAUGUUUAAUGUGAUCAGACUUUUAAAUUUAUAAAGUAAAGCAACUACUUCAUGCUGAUGUUGUGAUAUCUAUUUGAUCAAUAAAUGCAUUUGAAACAAA